GCGAUUGCGGCUCUAUAAAUACUUCGAUUUCGAGCUUUUCUCUCUCCACAGAAACCCUAAUUCUCUAUUUGUAUACAGUAUUUGAAUAGUAAAUAAGAGUAUUUGAAUCUUAGUCUGAGCUUGAAGAGAGUGAUAAUGGAGGUUCCAGUAGGGCAGAAGAGCAAACAGCAAGAGUUCACUUUGGUCUCUGUUUCUGAGCUCUCGACGUCGUUUUCAACGGAUAUGUCUUCGCCUGUUGUUGCUCGGUUCUGCUUCGAUUCUGGAUUCGCAGAGCUUCGAUUGGGCCAAGAAUCUGGGCCGAAUGAUGAUAGUAACUUCGAUCUUCGAACUGCUCAGCUUUUCAAGUUAGGUCCUGUUCACUCGGUAUGCAUAUCUGAAGGUUUUGAUACCAGCAAAGAGAAAACCUAUUCAAGGGGAAUCACCAUUCGAUUUCGAACGGAGGCCGAGAGUAGAGCCUUUCAUUGUGCAUUUGAGCAAUGGCAGAAGGAAGUGGUUGUUCAAGGAUCACAUUUACCGAAUGGAGCUCUAUUGACUUCUAAGAGCAAAUUUGAUGAUAAAAUAGAGGCAUCUUCUGCCAAGAUGUAUUUCCAUUACUACGGGCAACUGCUACAUCAGCAAAAUAUGUUACAAGAUUAUGUGAGGACAGGAACUUAUUAUGCUGCUGUCAUUGAAAACCGUGCGGAUUUUAUUGGUCGUGUGGUAGUUGAUGUUGGUGCUGGCAGUGGCAUUUUGUCAUUAUUUGCUGCUCAGGCUGGUGCAAAACAUGUUUAUGCUGUGGAAGCAUCUGAAAUGGCCGAAUAUGCACGUAAACUUAUUGCUGGGAACCCCUCGCUGGGUCAAAGAAUUACGGUAAUCAAGGGUAAAGUCGAAGAAGUCGAGUUGCCUGAAAAAGCAGAUAUUUUGAUAUCUGAGCCAAUGGGCACCUUGUUAGUCAAUGAAAGAAUGCUGGAAUCCUAUGUAAUUGCAAGAGAUCGUUUCCUUGUUCCUAAUGGAAAAAUGUUUCCUACAGUGGGGAGAAUACACAUGGCACCUUUCAGUGACGAAUAUUUAUAUAUUGAAAUCGCAAAUAAGGCCCUCUUUUGGCAGCAACAAAAUUAUUAUGGGGUUGAUUUGACGCCCUUGCAUGGUUCUGCAUUUCAAGGAUACUUUUCUCAGCCGGUGGUUGAUGCUUUUGAUCCCAGGUUUUUGGUGUCUCCCGCAAUAUCCCACUUGAUGAACUUCACUUCUAUAAAGGAAGAAGACUUGUAUGAAAUUGACAUUCCUCUGAAAUUUAUAGCUUCUGUGGGGACUAGAAUUCAUGGGUUGGCUUGCUGGUUUGAUGUACUGUUUAAUGGAAGUACUGUACCAAGGUGGCUGACCACUGCUCCUGGUGCACCUACAACCCACUGGUACCAAUUACGUUGUGUUCUGUCUCAGCCACUUUAUGUUAUGCCGGGGCAAGAAAUAACUGGACAACUUCGCAUGGUUGCACACAAUGCUCAGAGUUAUACUAUUUAUCUAACACUGUCAGUUAAAAUGUGGGGCCCUGGUGCCGAACAAGGAGGGAUACUCCAAACUUCAUCUGGCAAACUUGAUCUCAAAGAGCCCUAUUAUCGAAUGUCUCAACCACAAGCCUAUUCGGCCCAAGAUCAGCAGCCAAAUCAGCUAUUACAGACACAGGAUAUCCCGAUACAAUCCCAGGAUGAAGAGGUAUCUGAUCUGCUGCAACAACAAUCGCAGAAUUCAGGUGCUGAGGUUUGA